AUGACCUUACAAAAUAAUUGCUUUGGUAUACUUUUCCAUCAUCCAGUAUCCUUCAGCGCGGUCUUCACAAACCUAGGUGCGAGUGGGAGACUGGGUCCAACUUCUCUUGGUAGUUACUACAGUGGACAACAUCAUGACGGUCAAGUUACAUUACAUAGCGGUAUUCAACAAUGGACUGUGCCUAAAACAGGUAACUACAGAAUAGAGGCGAUAGGAGCUGCAGGGGGAUACGACAACUACAACAGUAAUAGCCGCCAUUAUCGAGGAAGAGGUGCAAGGAUGAAAGGAACUUUUCGUUUGUCUCGAGGGGAAACAAUUCAGAUACUCGUAGGACAAGAGGGUGGAAUUAACAAUGUAGCAAAUACUGCGGGAGGCGGUGGAGGUUCGUUUGUAGUGAAAGGAAGCAGCACGCCUUUAAUAAUCGCUGGAGGAGGAGGAGGCAUAGAAGCUUUGCUUUCACGACGUACAGGAUGUGAUGCCUCUACAAGCACGGCGGGGAGAGCUGGGUACAAGUCAUGGUCAGGAGGAAGCGGAGGACAGGGAGCAACGACCGCUGACAAUGACAACUCAGGUGAAAAAAUACUAUGCGUGCCUGUAAAUUAAAAGCGAACUUGUACUCGCGUCGUUACUUAGGUCCCAUGUGAUGUAAAGUGCUUGGACGGUGAUGCCAACAAUUUUUGGUAUCCGUCGAAAUAAUUUAUAGGAUGAAACUUCAAAGACUUGAUAAUUGAAACUUUGAGGGGUUACAGCAGCCGCGAAUUUAGCAGUUAUCUCUCUGAGAAUAAUUUGGUGCCACCCUCUGAAGCUUUCAGGGUACAUGCAUGAUUAACACUAUAAAAAUAAUUCAAAAACAAACGGCAAUGCAAUCCCCGUACCACAAAUUAUCUAAAAGACGCCCUGGAGGUUUAUUUAACUCCAGGGCCCAGUUGUUCGAAGGCCGAUUAGCGCUAACCCAGGGCUAAAUUUUAACCCGGGUUUCUUUUUCUAUUGUUCACAAGUAUUUUCCCGGGUAACUUCCUCUCUUCUCUUCAGAGCAUCCAAUCAUCAAAUUGUUGGCAUAAAUAAUAAAACUGAAUUUGCUUCCUAAGCUUUCAUACCUGAAAUCAAAUUUCGUACUAACGUGGGUUAACUUAACCCUUCUUUGAACAACCCGGCCCAGGGGUCCAAGAGGGCGUUUAUAGAUAGAAGGCGUUCAAAAGAGAGAGGCUCUAAUUUAGUUUCAUUUUUGUAACAAUCUCAAGAAAACUAGACAGUAUACUUUCGGCGAAAGUAUGAGAGUUUAUAAAUCGUGGAAUAUCCAGCCCAUUCGACUGAUACCUCUAGGCCGUCUAGAAAUUCAGUAGUUGCCCUUUUAAAUCUCAACUUCUUGAUGUCUGAAUCCUCGUUCAAGAUCAUUUUGUUGUAAUCGCUAGCCAAACUUUGAACUUGAUAUCUAACAAGACCCAAUACUAAAACUCUUGUUGUUCAAGUCAUUAAAAUGAGUAAACUGAAUUAUUUUUCUCCUUUUGGCAAAUUUGUUGUAUUUUGGAGUAACUGUCUUGAGGGUAUACGUGUUUAUAAGGCAGGGGGCGUUUAUUAAAGAAGAACGACUAACACAAACUUAACUUCGUAGAGGGAUACAUUGUAUCUAUUAGAGCAGAGGCGUUUAUUUAAGAGGGGCAUUUAUAAGAUCAUUUACGGUAAUUAUGACAAAUAAAAUUAACUCUGGGUGUAUUUGAAAUUUUAAAUUUAAAUGAUCUAACGCAACGCUCUAUCUUGGGCUUAAUAAUUAUCAAGCUAAGUGCAGAACAGGUGUGAGUUUCUCGAAAGACCCGAAAGUCUUUUUUGACUCUUUUCGGGUGAUUAUUUUCAACUUGUGGAAAGCGUGUCUCAAUCAGUACGUAAUGAAACUUCUAAUUUUUUUUUGUUAUUUAUUGUUGUUUUAGGUGGUGGCGCUGGUGGGUUUUUCUCCAGUGGAAGAAGCUCAACACAGUUCGGAGGCUCAAUGGGGAAUGGUGGAGAAGGAGGCAAAGGAUUUCUUCAGGGAGGAGUGGGUGGAAGAGCCUGGUAUAAUAAUGCUGUAGGCGGGUUUGGAGGGGGCGGUGCCGCUUAUGGAAAUGGAGGAGGUGCUGGAGGUGGAGGAGGCUACUCUGGGGGAAGUAGCGGGGAGAAUAAGUAUGACUCCUGUGGAGGAGGGGGAGGAUCUUACAACGCUGGAAAGAAUCAGCAGAAUGAAUGCUGUUACAAUACAGCUGGACAUGGUCAGGUUACCAUAACUUUGAUGUAG